AUGGAGAAGAAGUUGAAAUCGGUGCAACUGAAAAGGCAUCAAGCGGUCGAAUUGGUGAAAAGUAUAGAACAGUUUACGAUCGGCUACGUCGAGGAAAAUGCCAGUGAAAUACCAGUGUGUUUGGAACAACUAGAAAGGUAUUAUGAGGACUUCCUACAUGCAAAUGCGAAAGUGAUGGAACUCGAUGAGGAGGCCACAGAUGCGAGUGUAACUGAGCGGUGUGAUAUGGAUACACGGUAUCGUCGCGUUAAGGGCUUUCUUCUACAAAAGCAACCACCUCCUACGGCCGCGCAAAAUAUGUCGAAUGAGUCGAUGCUAUUAGCGAGCUCGACACUCAAUAGUUCGGGACGAUCAGGUGCAGUAAAUUUGCGUCUUCCAAAAAUCGAAUUGCCUACGUUCGAUGGCGAUUCCACCAAGUGGUUAACGUUCCGCGACCGAUUUGUGGCGAUGAUCGACAGUGCCAGUGAGAUACCGAAUAUAAUGAAGCUGCAGUAUCUGCUGUCCUCCUUGAAGGGCGAGGUUGGUUUGCUUUUCGAGCACACCACAUUGACAGCAGACAAUUACGAGGUGACGUGGGCUGCCUUGCUGAAGCGGUACGAUAAUCCACGUACGCUGAUCCGGGAGUACUAUCGGAAAAUUCAUCACCUGCCGGUAGUGAGCUGUGACAACGUGGACGAUUUGGCGCUGCUCGUCGAUGAAUUCACGCGGCAUGUGAACGGGCUGAAGAAGCUCGACGAACCGGUGGACACCUGGGACACGCCGCUCGCCAACCUGCUUCUGAUGAAGCUGGAUUCGUCGACCAUUCUGGCAUGGGAGAACCACUCAGCGCAACAUAAAAAAGAUAAGUACAAGGAAUUAGUAGACUUUUUGCAAGAUCGUGUACGAAUAUUAAAAUCAUCGCGCGAGUUUUCCAAUAACGGUGACGGCAGUUUGAGAAUGGUGGCCGGCAACAGAAGGGUCUCCGACCAUAGGCCGAGAAUUGUGGGCAAUGCUGCAACUGCAAGGAGAACUUCGCCGAAUGUUUCAGCUCAACAGUGUGUUUUGGGUUGUGCAGAGCUUCACAAUCUGCGCAAUUGUCCUGCAUUCUUGCGAAAGGACGUACAGCAACGCCGUGAAGUAGCCACCCGUGAGCGACUGUGUUGGAACUGCCUCAAUCGCAGUCAUCAUGUGAGGGAUUGUCGUUCCGCGUUUAAAUGCACUACGUGCAACGCACGCCAUCACUCCUUGCUGCACGUAACGCCAAUUGUCACAAUGGUUGCGCAGUCGGAUGAUGAAGUGGUUCUGCUGGAAACAGUCCAACUACAACUGGUAGAUGAUCAUGGCAAUAAACAUACAGCACGAGCACUGUUAGAUUCCGGAUCGAUGUGCAACUUUAUCUCCGAAUCUAUGGCCCAUCGACUGUUGACACCGCUGUCCAAAGUAAGCAUUGCUGUAUCGGGAAUAGGGCAAAUCAAACAGCACGUGAAGGGUUCCAUCACAGCGACCGUUCGAUCGCUAGGAGAAGACCUCCAUUCGUCAAUGGAAUUUCUAGUGCUCAAGACUCCGUCAGCUGAAAUUCCAACCAUUCCCUUAAACAUUGCGAAAUGGAACAUCCCAAACGUACAGUUGGCAGACUCGUCUUUCCACGUUCCGGGAAAGGUCGAUGUUGUAAUUGGUGGAAACACGUUCUGGGAGAUACAUACUGGAAGAAAACAGUCAUUGGGUAACGGAAGGCCAUGGCUGAUAGAAACUGCGUUUGGAUGGGCGGUCUCGGGGAAUACUUCCCAACUUGCUGGCCCCAAUCUACGAUUGUGUCACACGGCUGCCAACGAAGGUGCCAUCGAACGCUUGCUCCAGCGGUUUUGGGAGGCUGAGAGUAUUAUGGAAGGUCCUGCCUUGUCAAUUGAGGAGGACAUGUGCGAAAAACAUUACGUAGCUACCACGAGCCGUAAUGCACAAGGUCGCUACGUUGUGUCUUUGCCGCGAAGCCCCAAACCUGAAAGAACGCUGGGUUUGUCAAAAGAGAUAGCAGAUCAUCGUUUACUGGGUGUAGAACGUCGACUGAAGGCCAAUCCUGAAAUGGAAAGGGAAUAUAUUAAAUUUAUGAGAGAGUAUGAGUCGUUGGGACACAUGAUCAAACUCACGGAACCCGUUGAUGACAACAAACCACAUUGCUACAUUCCUCAUCACGCGGUAGUCAAAGAGACCAGUACAACAACCAAGGUGCGUGUUGUUUUUGAUGCAUCCUGCAAAACAACAUCUGGCUACUCGCUAAACGAUACUCUGCUGAUUGGUCCAACAGUGCAGGAUGAUCUGCUUACAAUCAUCCUACGCUUUCGAAAACACGCUGUCGCAAUAGUGGCAGACGUAGAGAAAAUGUACCGGCAGAUUCGUCAUUGUGAAAACGAUCGAAAUCUAUUGCGCAUACGUUACCGUGAAUGUCCCUCCGAUCCCAUUUCCACGUAUGAGUUGCAAACGGUGACCUACGGUACCGCAACAGCACCAUUUCUAGCUACUCGAACGCUACAACAAAUUGCGCACGACCACAAACAACAAUACCCUUUGGCAGUCGACCCAGUGCUACAUGACUUUUAUGUGGAUGAUUUGUUGACUGGAGCAGAAGAUGUAGUAGAGGCCGUUGGAAUGCGAACGCAAAUUUCGCAAAUGCUUGAAUCGGCAGGUUUCCUUUUGAAGAAGUGGGCAUCUAACGUCUCCGAAGCGCUUGAAGGAGUUCCGAGCGACGAUCUAGCGAUCAAACCAGUUCUAGACUGGCAGGAAGAUCAAGCGAUUUCAACAUUGGGCUUGGUUUGGGAACCGUCUAACGACAUGCUACGGUUCAGAGUCGACCUUCCACGACCAGCUCAAGAGCUUACACGAAGUUUGGUCUUGUCUUACACGGCCAGAAUCUUCGAUCCCCUGGGCCUACUAGGGCCAACGGUAACGGAGAACCACUCAGCGCAACAUAAAAAAGAUAAGUACAAGGAAUUAGUAGACUUUUUGCAAGAUCGUGUACGAAUAUUAAAAUCAUCGCGCGAGUUUUCCAAUAACGGUGACGGCAGUUUGAGAAUGGUGGCCGGCAACAGAAGGGUCUCCGACCAUAGGCCGAGAAUUGUGGGCAAUGCUGCAACUGCAAGGAGAACUUCGCCGAAUGUUUCAGCUCAACAGUGUGUUUUGGGUUGUGCAGAGCUUCACAAUCUGCGCAAUUGUCCUGCAUUCUUGCGAAAGGACGUACAGCAACGCCGUGAAGUAGCCACCCGUGAGCGACUGUGUUGGAACUGCCUCAAUCGCAGUCAUCAUGUGAGGGAUUGUCGUUCCGCGUUUAAAUGCACUACGUGCAACGCACGCCAUCACUCCUUGCUGCACGUAACGCCAAUUGUCACAAUGGUUGCGCAGUCGGAUGAUGAAGUGGUUCUGCUGGAAACAGUCCAACUACAACUGGUAGAUGAUCAUGGCAAUAAACAUACAGCACGAGCACUGUUAGAUUCCGGAUCGAUGUGCAACUUUAUCUCCGAAUCUAUGGCCCAUCGACUGUUGACACCGCUGUCCAAAGUAAGCAUUGCUGUAUCGGGAAUAGGGCAAAUCAAACAGCACGUGAAGGGUUCCAUCACAGCGACCGUUCGAUCGCUAGGAGAAGACCUCCAUUCGUCAAUGGAAUUUCUAGUGCUCAAGACUCCGUCAGCUGAAAUUCCAACCAUUCCCUUAAACAUUGCGAAAUGGAACAUCCCAAACGUACAGUUGGCAGACUCGUCUUUCCACGUUCCGGGAAAGGUCGAUGUUGUAAUUGGUGGAAACACGUUCUGGGAGAUACAUACUGGAAGAAAACAGUCAUUGGGUAACGGAAGGCCAUGGCUGAUAGAAACUGCGUUUGGAUGGGCGGUCUCGGGGAAUACUUCCCAACUUGCUGGCCCCAAUCUACGAUUGUGUCACACGGCCGCCAACGAAGGUGCCAUCGAACGCUUGCUCCAGCGGUUUUGGGAGGCUGAGAGUAUUAUGGAAGGUCCUGCCUUGUCAAUUGAGGAGGACAUGUGCGAAAAACAUUACGUAGCUACCACGAGCCGUAAUGCACAAGGUCGCUACGUUGUGUCUUUGCCGCGAAGCCCCAAACCUGAAAGAACGCUGGGUUUGUCAAAAGAGAUAGCAGAUCAUCGUUUACUGGGUGUAGAACGUCGACUGAAGGCCAAUCCUGAAAUGGAAAGGGAAUAUAUUAAAUUUAUGAGAGAGUAUGAGUCGUUGGGACACAUGAUCAAACUCACGGAACCCGUUGAUGACAACAAACCACAUUGCUACAUUCCUCAUCACGCGGUAGUCAAAGAGACCAGUACAACAACCAAGGUGCGUGUUGUUUUUGAUGCAUCCUGCAAAACAACAUCUGGCUACUCGCUAAACGAUACUCUGCUGAUUGGUCCAACAGUGCAGGAUGAUCUGCUUACAAUCAUCCUACGCUUUCGAAAACACGCUGUCGCAAUAGUGGCAGACGUAGAGAAAAUGUACCGGCAGAUUCGUCAUUGUGAAAACGAUCGAAAUCUAUUGCGCAUACGUUACCGUGAAUGUCCCUCCGAUCCCAUUUCCACGUAUGAGUUGCAAACGGUGACCUACGGUACCGCAACAGCACCAUUUCUAGCUACUCGAACGCUACAACAAAUUGCGCACGACCACAAACAACAAUACCCUUUGGCAGUCGACCCAGUGCUACAUGACUUUUAUGUGGAUGAUUUGUUGACUGGAGCAGAAGAUGUAGUAGAGGCCGUUGGAAUGCAAACGCAAAUUUCGCAAAUGCUUGAAUCGGCAGGUUUCCUUUUGAAGAAGUGGGCAUCUAACGUCUCCGAAGCGCUUGAAGGAGUUCCGAGCGACGAUCUAGCGAUCAAACCAGUUCUAGACUGGCAGGAAGAUCAAGCGAUUUCAACAUUGGGCUUGGUUUGGGAACCGUCUAACGACAUGCUACGGUUCAGAGUCGACCUUCCACGACCAGCUCAAGAGCUUACACGAAGUUUGGUCUUGUCUUACACGGCCAGAAUCUUCGAUCCCCUGGGCCUACUAGGGCCAACGGUAAUACUUGCCAAAAUGUUUCUGCAGCGAUUAUGGGAGUUGAAGCAAGACGGCAAAACGCUUGAUUGGGAUCGCGCACUACCAAUGGACCUGCAAGAGGAAUGGAGAAAGCUGCACAAUACAUUGUACUCGCUACGCGAAUUACGAGUGCCUCGGUUUGUUUCACAAUCCGGCACAGAAGACCUGCAGCUACACGUAUUCGCUGAUGCUUCACAAGGAGCAUAUGGAGCAUGCUGCUAUGUACGAGCAGUAUCCGCAAGAGGCAUCCAGGUCAGAUUACUAGCUGCCAAGUCCAAGGUGGUAGCGUUAGCAAACACGAACUCAAUCGCCCGGUUGGAGUUGUGUGCAGAACGGCUAGCAGUACACCUGAUUCAGAAGGUGGUUUCUGCACUCAAGGUGUCAGCUACGGCUAUCUGUUGGACAGAUUCGAUGACAGUAAUGCACUGGCUGAACUCAUCACCGCGUCGCUGGAAACCAUUUGUGGCCAACAGGGUGGCACAAAUACAGGAAGAAACGCGUAUCUCCAGCUGGCGUCAUGUUCCUGGAGUUGAUAACCCGGCGGAUGACAUCUCGCGCGGGCUGAGUCCGGAAGAAUUGCUGCAGUGUACACGUUGGUGGCAUGGACCGAGUUGGUUGUCCUACGGACAAGUGGCCCCAUGA